CAACAAACGUUUUUUGAAGUAUGAAGAGAAUAUAAACGUAGUGUUGGCAUGUCUUUUAGAUCCCCGAUUCAAACAUCAUGCUUUCUUUUCUGAUAAUGUAUUGGCCAAGGCAAAAAAAAUGGCUGACAGAAGAUAAUAUGCAAAAGGAGGUGCAGGUUCUAGAAAGGUCACAUCUGGAAGAGCCUGAUGCUACUAGUCUGGAUUUUGUGGAAGAGCCUGAUGCUACUACAAGUACUAGUCUGGAAGAACAUGCUACUAGUAGUACUAGUCUGGAAGAACAUGCUACUAGUAGUACUAGUCUGGAAGAACAUGCUACUAGUAGUACUAGUCUGGAAGAACAUGCUACUAGUAGUACUAGUCUGGAAGAGCAAGAUGAUGAUGCAACAGAAACCUACAAAUUCCCAAAAAGGAAACACAUGGAAAAAAACCAAAUUGAUGCCAUGUUCAGCGUUUUAUUGGGGCCUCAUGUAGGGGAUUCUCUAACUUCACCAAAAGUCAGCCUUGACAAUGAGCUUAAUCUUUAUUUAAAAGAGCCAGUGAUCAAUAGAAAGGGCAAUCCACUUGAGUGGUGGAAAGAAAAUGAGACACGCUUUAAAACCCUUGCUUCUUAUGCCAGAAGAUACCUUUGCUCUCCACCCUCCUCUGUACCUAGUGAGCGUGUUUUCAGUGACGUGUCAGCAAUUUAUGAAAGAAACAGAAGCCGUUUAACAGGAGAACAUGCAGAAAUGUUGUGCUUUCUGCACUACAAUGUACUCCUUCUCAACUGGAAUUAUUGAAGAAAUUCUAAAGUUUUAGAUUACUUUAGCAUACUUUUCAUAAAAAUGUUAUUUAAUGUCUGUCUUAACUCUUUUGUGUAACCUUGAAGCUGGAUAGCAGGUUAACAUGGCUUGGCAUUCGCUGAAUGAUCUGGGUUGCUCAGGAACUGGUCCUGUGUGUAGUGCCCACUACUAUUUCCUCUGCUCCCCAAGACCAAUACCUGUAUGAUUGUCUAGCCUUAUAGGUUAUGCUACCUAUCGUUACUCAGCUAGAAAGCUUAAGUUACUCAACAUUUAUCUUGUUUUAAAUGUAAUAUUCUUUAGUAUAUGCAUUAAACCAUGUGUUUAAAUUACUUUAAAUUGACACUAAGGCUAAGCAGUUAGGCAACAAAACAAAUGUAGCUUAAAGGGGUA